AUGCGCAGCGCAUCCCCUCCGGGCUGCGGGUCGCCUAGCAGCCGCUGCGCCGCCGGCGCUCUCCGUAGUAGACCCGCGGUGGAGGCGCGGCGCGGCCGCGGCGGCCCGGGUUGCGAGAGGACCGAGCCUCCUCCAGGAGGGCGGGGGCCCUGCGGGACAUUCCCGCCGCCGCUUCCAGGCACCGGUCAGUGCAGUGCGCUGGCGAGCCCUGCCGACUCUCCCUCCCUUCCCCCUCCAGGUGUUGUACCCCGUGCGCCCGCCGGCGGAUGCAGCUUCCCGAAGGCCGGAUUAACGGUCAGCCUGAAGGGGUGGGAGGUUGAAGUGAAAGACCUAAAAGAUGAAAAUCAAGAAAAUGUGGUACAUCUUUUCCGAAUUACUCAGUCUUUAAUGAAGAUGAAAGCCCAAGAAGUGGAAUUAGCUUUAGAAGAAGUAGAAAAAGCUGGAGAGGAGCAGGCCAAAUUUGAAAAUCAGUUAAAAACUAAAGUAAUGAAACUGGAAAAUGAGCUCGAGAUGGCACAGCAGUCCGCAGGAGGUCGAGAUACACGGUUUUUGCGAGAUGAAAUUCGCCAGCUAGAAAAACAACUGGAGCAGAAGGACAGAGAAUUAGAGGAUUUGGAAAAAGAGAUGGAAAAAGAGAAAAAAGUCAAUGAACACUUGGCUCUUCGUAAUGAAGAAGCAGAAAAUGAGAACAGCAAAUUAAGGAGAGAGAAUGAACAGCUUCGUCAAGACAUAAUUGACUAUCAGAAACAAAUAGAUUCACAAAAGGAAACACUUAUGUCCAGAAGAGGAGAAGAUAGUGAUUAUCGAUUACAGCUGUCUAAAAAAAAUUUUGAACUUGUGCAGUAUCUGGAUGAAAUUCAGAAUUUAACAGAAGCAAAUGAGAAAAUUGAAAUUCAGAAUCAAGAAAUGAGAAAGAACUUGGAAGAAUCAGUGCAGGAAAUGGAGAAGAUGACUGAUGAAUAUAAUCGGAUGAAAGUUAUUGUUCAGCAAACUGAUACUCUAAUGGAUCAGUUAAAAAAAGAAAGGGACCAUAGUAGGCUUCAGGUACAGGAACUUACAGAACUUCUGAAAGCAAAAAAUGAAGAAGAUGAUCCUGUCUUGGCUGCUGUUAAUGCAAAGGUUGAGGAAUGGAAGUUCGUUGGUGAUUUGGAUUUUUAUCCGCUAGGUUCUUCAUCCGUGUCUCAGCUGAGUCAUUUUGUAGAAAUACAAACAAAGCUUCAAAACUUAGAAACAAGAAACAAAGAUGCCGAGAGAGCGGCAGAGCUGGCGGAAGCUGACGCUAGAGAGAAGGAUAAAGAGCUUGUCGAGGCUCUGAAGCGACUGAAAGAUUAUGAAGCGGGACUGUAUGGCCUAGAAGAUGCUGUGGCUGAAAUAAAGACUUAUAAGUCUCAAGUUAAAAUAAGGGACCGAGAAAUUGAAGCAUUAACUACAGAAAUGAACAAACUUGAAUUAAAGAUUAAUGAUUUCCUUGAUGAAAAUGAAGACCUUCGGGAACGUUUGGGUCUUGAUCCAAAGACAAUGAUUGAUUUAACCGAGUUUAGAAAGAGCAAAAAUCUAAAACAGCAGCAGUAUAAAGCUGAAAACCAGGUUCUUUUAAAAGAGGCAGCUAUCAUGGAAAAGUCGCAGAUAGUGAAACCAGAAGUUGAGCGACUUCCUACUUCAAAAAAGCAUUCUGGUGAUAAAAAUGAUUUGAAAGAUGAUAUAUCAAAAGAGCACAUCCCACUCCAAGCAAAGAUUUUGAAGAGUAAGCUUGAAAGUAGCCUUCAUACCACAGAAUCUUGGCAUAGUAUACCCCCCACAAAAUUAUCUCACCUAGAUCCUGUUGAAAACCUUAUAGAGCAGCUGCGGAAGGAACUCGUAUUUCUUAGGUCUCAGAAUGAGCUGAUAUUCCAGGAUUUGUUGAUUAAGGAAGCACAAAGCAGAGAUACAGAAUUAGAACUUCAGAGACACAGGAGCCAGGCAGAACAGAAAAAUGUAUAUUUAAUUUCAGUAAAAGAACUUGUGGAAGAAAAAGCACAGCUUGAAGAAGGUUUGAAAGAAAUAUUGCAGACCAUUAAGGAAAUGCAGACAGAGCCUGGUGUUAAAGGAGAAACACCUCUGGUCAUCCCUAGUCUUGAAAAACUAGUUAAUGCUAUGGAUUUGAGGAAUGCUGAGGGAGUCUUUGAUGCCAACCUACAUUUGAAAGCCCAAGUUGACCAACUUAUAGGACGAAAUGAUGAAUUAAGAGAUGAGCUUAAAGAAACUCGGAAAGAGGCUACAAAUUACUGUCAACAGCUGGCAAAAGCAAAUUUAAAGGUGGAAAAUCUUGAGAAAGAAAUUUUUCUCUUACGUCAAGCAAAAGGAUCAAAUAUUGUAUUCAAAGGAGUUGACUUACCAGAUGGGAUGACAUCAUCUAGUGCAAAUAUAAUUAAUUCUCAAAAUGAAUACUUGAUUUAUAUUUUACAGGAACUAGAAAAUAAAGAACAAAUGUUAAAAAAGUUAGAAGAUUCACUUGAAGAAUAUAAUAGGAAAUUUGCUGUCAUCCGGCAUCAACAAGGCUUGUUAUAUAAAGAGUAUCUAAGUGAAAAGAAAAUCUGGCAAACAGAAUCUGAAAAACUGAGAGAGGAAAAGAAAAAGCUUGAGGAUCAAGUCGAACAAGAUGCUAUUAAAGUAAAAGAAUAUAAUAACUUACUUAAUGCCCUCCAGCUGGAUGCAGAUGAAACGAAAAAACUUCUUUCCGAAAGUAGUAGGAAAAUCAGCGUCUUGCAAGUUAAUGAAAAGUCUCUGAUAAGGCAAUAUACAACUUUACUAGAAAUGGAACGGCAUUUAAGAAAAGAAAACAGUAAACAGAAGAAUGAAUUGAUAGCCAUGGAGGCUGCAGUUGGAGACAGAAUUGGCCAUUUGCAAAGGUUUAAGGAAAUGACCAUUUUCAGGAUCGCAGCUCUCCAAAAACUUAUAGACAAUAGUGUCCCUCUCUCGGAACUCGAAUUGGCCAAUAAGCAAUACAAUGAAUUGACUGCUAAGUAUAGGGACAUGCUGCAAAAAGAUAAUAUGCUUGUCCAGAGAAUGAGUAGUUUGCAGUUGUUGGAGUGUGAAAAUACGUCUCUGAAAGAACAGAUAGAUGUUAUAAGUAAGGAACUGGAGAUCACCAAGGAAAAAUUUCAUACUGUAGAGCAAGCAUGGGAACAAGCCACUACAUUAGGAAGUGAUUUGACCAUGGAUAAAGCUCAAAAAGCUAUAACGAACAGUGAGAUUGUUUCUAUUUCUAAAAAGAUUACGAUGCUGGAAAUGAAGGAACUGAAUGAAAGGCAGCGUGCUGAGCACUCUCAAAAAAUGUAUGAGCACUUACGGGCUUCAUUAAAGCAAGUGGAAGAACGUAAUUUUGAACUGGAAACCAAGUUUGCGGAGCUUACUAAAAUCAACUUGGCCGCACAGCAGCUGGAACGAACGUUAAGGGAUGAACUAGCCGAGAGUGUGAGUAAGGAAGUGAGUGACGCCGACAGGCAGCGGAUUCUAGAGUUAGAAAAGAGUGAAAUGGAAUUGAAGGUGGAGGUGUCUAAACUGAAGGAGAUUUCUGAUAUUGCCAAGACUCAAGUUGAAGCUCUGAGUUCACAUCAGCAAUCCAGAGAAAAGGAGGUCGAAUCUCUGAGAAUGCAGGUGUUAGACUACCAGGCACAGUCGGAUGAAAAAGCCCUCAUUGCCAAGUUGCAUCAGCACAUUGUUGCACUUCAGAUUAGUGAAGCCACUUCUGUUAGCAAGUUGGAGUCGAUGACUUCCCGGCUCCAGAAGGUGGAGACUUACAAUUUGCGUCUUGAGCAGAAGCUUGAUGAGAAGGAGCAGAGUCUGUAUUUUGCCCGUCUGGAAGGGAGAAAUAGAGCGAAGCAUCUGCGCAGCACCAUUCAGGCUCUGCGGCGACAGUUCAGUGGUGCUUUACCCUUGGCACAGCAAGAGAAAUUUUCCAAAACGAUGAUUCAGCUGCAGAAUGACAAGCUGCAAGUCAUGCAGGAAGUCAGGACUUGUCAGGAGGAGCGGAGAAACAUGGAAAACAAAACUCUGGAGCUGGAGUUAAAGUUAAAAGGCCUGGAGGAGCUCAUAAGCACCUUAAAGGAUGCCAGGGGGGCCCAGAAGGUAAUUGAUUGGCACAUGAAAAUGGAAGAACUUCGUCUUCAAGAGCUCAAACUAAAUAGAGAAUUAGUCAAAGACAAAGAAGAAAUGAAAUAUUUGAAAAACGUGAUUUCCGAAUACGAGCAUACAAUCAACAAUCUAGAGGAAGAGAUUGUGCAGCGAAACAAGUUUCAUGAAGAACAACAAAUGUCCUGGGAUCAAAGAGAGGUUGAGUUGGAACGGCAACUAGACAUAUUUGAUGGUCAACAAAAUGAAAUAUUGAGUGCAGCUCGAAAGUUUGAAGAGGCUACAGGAUCAAUACCAGACCCCAGUUUGCCUCUUCCAAAUCAACUCGAGAUAGCUUUGAGAAAAAUCAAGGAGAAUGUCCGCAUAAUCAUGGAAACCCGGGCAACUUGUAAAUCGUUGGAAGAGAAACUGAAGGAGAAAGAGUCUGCCUUGCGGGAAGCAGAACAAAAUGUUCUGUCAAGAGACAGGAUAAUCAAUGAACUCAGACUCCGACUGCCUGCGACAGCAGAACGAGAGCGACUCCUGGCUGAGCUCAGUAGAAAGGAAGAAGAGCCAGAGAAUCAUCGGGCUUUGAAAGUUGCUCACCAGACCAUUGCCAACAUGCAGGCGAGAUUGAAUCAAAAGGAGGAGGUCUUAAAGAAGUACCAGCAUCUCCUAGAAAAAGCCAGAGAGGAGUUAAUGAAACAGCCUUCUGUACCAGUUGCUACCAGCAAGCAUUUCAUGCGUCUGGCAGAGAUGGAACAGACGGUUGCAGAACAAGAUAAUUCUCUUUGUUCACUGUUGACCAAAAUGAAGAAAAUGUCGCAUGAAAUAGACAUACAAAAACAAAUCACUUUAAUGAAAGUCAAAGAAUUCGAAAGCAUCCGAGCCCACCUUGAAGAAAAUCAUGCAGAGGUUGUGAAAAAACUGAAUGCUGAGAUAGAAGACUUAAAAUAUUCUAUGUCCCAGACAGAGAAGGAGCUGCAGUACUUUAAAUCUGAAGUACAGAUUCAGAAAGAAGCCAACACAAGAGCUCCAACAGCCACCAUGAAAAAUUUAGUAGAACGGCUCAAAGGCCAAUUAGCCUUGAAAGAGAAACAGCAAAAAGCCCUCAGUCGAGCACUUUUGGAGCUCCGGGCUGAGAUGACAGCUGCUGCUGAAGAACGCAUCAUUCUUUCCGCAUCCCAGAAAGAGGCAAACCUCAAUGUUCAGCAGAUUGUUGAUCGCCAUACUAGAGAUCUCCAGAGCAAACCUCCUGUAGAUAACAAACAAAAUGUUAUAGAUGAACUUCAGAGGAAAAUUAAAAAUUUAGAAAGUCAACUGGAAAAAUGUAGUAAUGAAGCAGAAACAAAAGAAAAGAGCUGUCAAGAAGAAUUAAUUCGAUGGGAAGAAGGUAAAAAAUGGCAAGCUAAAACUCAAGGGAUGCGAAACAAAUUAAAAGAAAAAGAAAAAGAAAUAGACACUUUAACCAAGCAGUUGAAUAGUUUAAAAGAGCUUUUGGCCAAGUCUGAUAAAGAUAAAAUCACAUUACAAAAGAAACUAAAAUCAAGUGGUGUGACUGCUGAUCGUGUUAUGGGAGUACAUGCUUCAGAUUUAGAAAAAGAAUUAGAAGAACUUAGAAAAACGAAUAUUGAACUAGAAAAUGAAAUAGGUUAUAUGAGGACCCAGCAAGCUCUUCCCCGAGAUUCUGUCGUACAAGACUUACAUUUACAAAAUAGAUACCUUCAGGAUAAGCUUCGUGCUUUGGAAGAACAGAUUUCUUUAAAAGAUGCAUUUUCUAGGCCUUUACAGAGUUCAGCAUGUGACAUUACCACUCUCUCCUCUCUUGCUACCCAAACUAAUAAAAACAAGUAUUUUGUCUUUCCCAAAAAGAACAGUUUACUUGGGAACAAAAAAACCCCUGUAACAGUCUCCUCAGUUAAAAACAGGAAGAAAAUAGUUGGCAGUCAAAGCUUUGAUGAUCCGCACUGUCAGAUAACUGGCAGUGGCGCCCAGUCAGAUGUAGCUCUGGGACCUGCUGGUUUAGCACCCUCAGAGCCCAGGGAGUGCAAGCAAUUGAAUCCAUCGAGGCAAACUGAUGCUGAGAGGGAAGAUUUUACAGCUGAUUUUGAAAAUGAACCAGAUGCAGAGAAGGAGGGACUGAGUCAAGGCUGUUACAGAAAUGGAAACGGAGUACAUGAAAAUGAAGAAGAGAAAAAAGAAACGGCUGAAAGUGCACAAGGAAACCCAGAGAACAUGAGUGACAGACGUUCGUCGGAUCCAGAAGAACCUGCCAGGGGAGACCUUGAAAAUGCUGAAGUGAAUGAUGGUGUAAAUCCACACCCUGAAGAGAAUGCACAGACAAACAACGACACUGAGGGGAUCAGAUUAAGCCAGAUGUCUGCUGGGGAAAUCGCUCAGUCAACAGAAUUGGGAUUAGGUGGGCGGUCUAACAGAGAACAGUUGCUUCAGAAGGAAAACCUGAAGGUCUCAUCUGAAAACAUUGAGCUAAGAUUUCAACUUGAACAAGCAAAUAAAGAUUUACCAAGGUUAAAGUCUGGAAGAAGUGGCAAGACCGUUCCUGAACUAGAAAAAACUAUUGGUUUAAUGAAAAAAGUUGUGGAGAAAGUCCAGAAAGAAAAUGAAUAUUUGAAACGAGCAUCAGGAAUAAUGACAAGUGAGAAAAUGUCUACUCUUGAGCUUGAAAAUAAAAAUCUGAAGACCGAAUUAGAAAAACUGAAGCUUCAUCUUGGACGUCAACUGAGCAUGCAGUAUGAGUUUAAUACUAAAGGCCCAGAGAAUAUCAUGGUUGAAAAUGACAAUCUUCGCAAAGAACUUAAAAAAAAGGUAGAAUCUGCUGAGAUACUUCGAAUGGAAAAAAAUGACUUGGAGAGAUCAGUUGAGAAGCUGACAGCUCAGCUGGAAGAGAUGAGUAGCAAAUUGUAUCUUACUGAAAGCAGAGAUCCACAGCUGGAAAGGGCCGAAAGCAGGGGUCUGAAAUCAGUCAUUGAUAUGAGGUAUCUGAAAACUUUGAAGGUAUCUUCCCAGAGCAGAGCCUUAAAGAAUUGCAACAUAUUAGGUCAGUGGAUCGCAGGGAGAAAGAAAACGGGCGAAUUAAUUCAUCAAGCAGGAGCUAGUCAGGAGCGAAUUGGAGGUGACAGCACGGUUUCUGGCAUUGCGUGUGUGCUGAAUGUGUCAUUGCUCAGCAAUUUUGAAAAAAUAAAGCCUCCACAGACAUCUCCAACUUCAGAUCCAGAAAAGCAGCAGUUGAAGGCAGAAAACAAAAAGCUUAAAAAAGAACUGGAAAACCUGGAUCCCUCAUUUUUUGAAGAAAUUGAAGACCUGAAGUACAAUUACAAAGAAGAAGUUAAAAAAAAUAUUAUUUUGGAAGAGAAGUUGAAACAACUUUGUGAACAGUUCCAUGUUGAACUGGAGAGUGCUGCUAGUGUUUCUAGACAGUUGGAAGCUGAAACAGAUGGCACUAAUAACUCACCGGUCUGCUGA